UCAUAUCACAGCAUGACUCAGCAGGAGUUCCAGAAGCUCGGAGACAAACUUCUCUCCUACAGAGGAUUUGUCUUUCCUCAAGCCAGUGAGAACGAUACCACACCGGAGUACAUGGACAGUCUGGAGACGUUCCAGAUUAGAGACGAUGAUGUGUUUGUUGUUACCUUUCCUAAAUCAGGUACAGUUUGGACUCAGCGCAUUGUGACAUUGUUGUAUGAGGACGAGUUUCCAGAGUCCAUAGAUCAGAAUACAAAUGACCGCAUGCCAUGGCUGGAGUUUCCCAUGAAUGGAAAGGGACAGUACUAUCCCACUCGCCGAUCCCCCCGCCUCUUCUGCUCUCACCUCCCCGAGUACCUGAUGCCCUGUGGGUUACAGGGCAAAGGAAAGAUCAUCUAUGUGAGCAGGAAUCCCAAAGACAUCAUGACGUCGUACUUCCACUUUACUCGGUUCCUGAAGGUUUUAGAACAACCAGAGACGUACAACGAGCUGAUGGAGAGAUUCUUCACUGGACGGGUGGUCGGCGGCUGCUGGUUUGAUCACAUCAAAGGAUGGUACACCAACAAGGACAAAUACAACAUCCUGUUUCUCAGCUAUGAGCAGAUGAUCCGGGACCGGAGAGGUGCCGUGGUGCAGAUUUGUGAGUUUUUGGGGAAGAACGUGUCGGAUGAUGUCAUCGACAGUGUGGUGGAGAAAUCGAGCUUCAACUACAUGAAGAAAGACCCAAAAGCCAACUACGAAUUUUUACCUGAUGAUCUUGUAGAUCCAAUGAAAGGCGCUUUCCUGCGCAAGGGUACAGUGGGAGACUGGAAGAACUCUCUGACUGUGGCACAGAAUGAACACUUUGACCGUGUUUAUCAGGAACAAAUGAAAGAUCUGCCAGUGGACUUUGUGUGGGACAUCACAGAUCUACACGCAUAA